UCGUUAUGUCUGACGAGGAUGAAUGGAAGAAACUGCCCACUUUGUCCAAAGUUCAGCAUCAGCAAUGGAAAGCUCGUCUGGAAGGCUACAAUGAAGCGCAGAAGCUUUUCUCAACACAGACAUCGGAAACCGCACCCGUAUUCAAUGAAUACGUCGGUAUCAUGAAGAAGUUUGUCAAUGAUCCCAAUGCGGUCGCUCUUGAAAGUGCCCUCGAUGCGGUUCUGGUAUAUUUUGAGAAUUCCACCGUCUCUGGAAAGUGUGCAGGGGAUGUCUGUGCCGGUUUGAUCGUCAAGUGUCUUAGCUCACCACGAGCCAAAACACGGGACAAGGCAAUCGAAUGUUUGUUACAGAUUGUUGAGAAUGAAAAACACGAAGUUGCUGGUGAAGAGUUGUUAAAGGGUUUAUCGAACAAAAAUCCGAAGGUGGUUGUUGGUUGCCUCCAAACUCUAAGAGAAACUCUAAAUCUUUUCGGUCCCAAAGUUGUUCCCAUGAAGGCUUUAUUUAAGCAGCUACCACGGCUGUUUGAUGAUCGAGAUAAAAACGUUCGUGGUGAAGCCAAAAAUAUAACCGUUGAAAUUCAUCGAUGGAUUGGUGCCGCCAGCAAAACCUUCUUUAACGAGUUAAAACCAGUUGUGGUGACGGAACUUAAUGCCAUUUUGGAUGAACUCCCUCCGGAAAAACCCACACCCGUUCGCUAUCUCCGAAGUCAAAAACCUAAAGAAGAACCAGGAUCCACUGCUGAUGGUGGUGGUGGUGGAUCGGCCGCCACAGGUGUUGGUAUUGCGGCCGAAGCUGAAGAAGAAUUGGAUCUUGUAGAUCCCGUGAAUGUUUUGGCUCAAGUUCCAAAUGAUUACUGGACACUUAUUACUGAGAAAAAAUGGCAGGAAAGACAGCAAGCCUUGGAAUCCCUUGAAAAAGUGACCAAUGUUCCUCUUAUAGCACCCGGCGAUUUUGGCGAUCUCAUUCGUAGCUUGUUGAAUGUGGUCAACAAAGAUACGAACAUAGUGCUUGCAACGAUGGCCACAAAAAUUUUAGGCCAGCUCGCGUCUGGUCUUCGGAAGAAGUAUGCGCCAUAUGCGCAGCAGACAAUUGCUGCGUGUUUGCAGAAGUUUAAGGAACGGAAGCCCACGGUUGUGGCCGCUUUGCGUGAUACCAUUGAUGCAGCUGCGAAAUCGGUAAGUGUUUCUUCUCAUAAAUUUGAAAGCGUCUAUGAGCUAUUGCUACUACGUGUUGCCUUGUUGACUCACCUACAUUCAUGGACGACAAACCACUAUCGACUCUUUCUCCCGAAGGAAUAUGUCGAUGAUUGA